AUGUUUGUAGCUAAACCAAUGUCGUUUCUGAAGGGAUCGUUCCAGCAGACAAUAACAAACAGCACCAAGAGACCACAGAAAUACAGUUUUUUGUGGUUUUGUGGUCACGUACGGGCAAAACUUCAAUCUUCCGGGGUAUUUUGUUCACUCACGAUAACGUUAAACGCGGAAUACUUUCCGAUGCGCGUAGAUUUUGGGGACUAUGUAGUGUUUCGUUGCGAUCGAAGCCCCCUGAACAGCAAAAAAUCAACCGGAGGCGGAGUUUUACUUGCUGUAAAGUCCAGAUUCACGGCUCAGCUGAUCGAAGACAGUUCCUGGAACGAUUUGGAACUUCUUUGGGCUCGCAUUGAUCUCGGUGACCGGAAACUGUACCUAUGCGUAGUGUACGUGCCUCCUGACCGCUCUACUGACCUCGUUGUAGCUGAGUCUUUCUCGCACUGCCUCUCCAAAAUAAGCUCAAUCUGCUCUCCCGAAGAUGACAUACUUGUUAUCGGUGAUUUCAACAUGCCUGGCUUGAAAUGGUGCCCCUCCCAUGGUGCCUUUUUGUUCCCAGAUCCUAUGCGCUCCUAUUUCUCGGCUCCUUCCAACAUCUUUCUAGACUCUUUGAGCACCGCGACUCUUCGCCAGAUCAACAGCUUCGAAAACGAAAACGGUCGUAGGCUAGACCUCUGCUUCAUAAACGAAGGCUUCAGGAAUCCGACUAUAGAUUUAGCUCCCGCCCCUCUCGUCAAAGUUGUUUCCCAUCAUCCAGCUUUAGUGGUCUCAAUCGAUGUCACUGACAUUAACGCCCCCGUAGAGGAAACUGCUUCUUUCUACCAGGACUUCAAAAACGUCGACUACGAAGCUAUCUCACUUGUCCUGGAUUCUAUCGAAUGGGAGAAUGAGCUCGAUCUUUCUAAUCCCAAUGCUGCCGCUGCGACUUUCUCAAACAUACUGAACUACAUAAUCGAUCGUCAUGUUCCGAAACGAAGCUUACCGUCCAACCCACGAGCUCCCUGGGUCACUAAUCAACUGCGACAAUUGAAGACGGCUAAAAACCGUGCUCUUCGAAACUUCAGCAAGCGCAAGUCCCUCUGCACAAAAGAAGAAUACCGCAAGCUAAACACGGCAUACAAAAAAAGCAGCAGGCGUUGCUACCAGAACUAUCUUCACCGGCUACAGCGCAAUUUUAAGACCAACCCGAGAUCUUUCUGGAAGUACGUCAAAAAUCAGCGGAAAGAAUCCGGGCUUCCGUCUCAAAUGUUCUUGAAAGACCACACAGCGAACACCGAUCAAAUAUGUAAUCUUUUUGCUGAGAAAUUUUCAAGCGUUUUCUCAACGGGAUCCAUUUCCUCAGAACAACUGGAUACGGCUGUAAGAAAUAUUUCACCUCUCGAUUCUUCCUUAAGCCGUAUUUCAUUCGAUGACGCAGCCAUUCUGAAGGCGACAGCCAAGCUUAAAAAUUCAUCAUCUACGGGUCCGGACGGAAUACCAGCUAUUUUCUUGAAACGUUUCAUGCCACAUCUACUGACUCCCAUUAGGCAUAUUUUUCGAACUUCGCUGGACUUCGCAAUCUUUCCCUCGCUUUGGAAGGAAGCUUACAUGUUUCCUGUUCACAAAAAGGGAGAUAAGAAAGAUAUAGACAACUAUCGUGGAAUUUCAGCUCUUUUUUGGUGCCCAUUUUACCAGAACGGAGCUGAACGAAUAGAGGCUAUCCAGCGGCGCUUCAUACGACACGCUUCAAAAUCGUCGAAACGCUGCACGUGCUUUAAUCGUAGCAGAUCUCCUUGCGUCGAGGAUCGACUCUCCUACGCUGCUGGAGGCUAUUCCCCUCAGUGUGCGGCCCCGAGGAUUAAGGAACCAAAAUCUGCAGCUCUAUGUUCCCAUCCGGCUAGAUAA